AGGAAGGGAAGGCAGGGAAGGCAGGGAAGGCAGGGAAGGAAGGGAAGGCAGGGAAUACAGGAAACAGGAAAAGGCGGCAGAAAAGGUUAUCGUCACGUGUAUGAGUAGUUCUAUGAAAGCGAAAGCGAAAGCGCGACGCAGCGGAGGUCCAUCUUCCGCUUUGUGCAAAGAGUUUCCUUCACAAAUCCGCAUUGUUCCCCAUCGCCCCUUCGCCCCAUCGCUCUCCCCUCCCCAAUCCCAAUCGAAACUUUGCUUUACCAAUAAUCGCAUCGCAUCCUGUUUUGGUCCCGUGUGUAUUUUAAUACCACAACCGGCUUGAAACAUUAAAAACUAACCCUCUGCUCAUCCCUUCCUUUGUUCUCGACAACUUAUUGCCAGCUCUCCGCGCCUCUCCCAUUUCUCCACCUUUCUCCUCCGCUCAUCUUUCUUUCUUCAUGUACACAUAUACACAUAUACAGCAUACACAUACUCACAUAGUCACUUCAAAUACUUUUCAAUUGAAAGUCUAUCACCUCGUACAAUUGUCUUCAAAUCAUAGCCAUGGAACUUACAACGGAAACUCAGGGCGAAAAGCGAAAACGUAGUCCGGAAAGUUCUGGAAGUCAGGGCCACGGACGAAUAACUCAAGCUCCUCGACUGGGCGAAAAUGCAACUCCAACGGCCGCUGCACAAAUCAACUAUUUGGUAAAAGCUAGGAGCGAUAGACUCAAAUUGGUCGAGGGAGAUUCCGAAACUUUCGGAGAUGUUUUGGGCAUGUUGGACGAAUACGAAGGUAUGUAUCUAUCACGUGAUUUCAUUCCCGCUCGGUGGGGAGCAAGGGAGGGAAUUCUACUUGCCUGCGAGCAUUUAGGGAAGAGCCUUGCUGACUGAGGUAGGCGUCCUUCAACGUCGUGAAAGUCUAGCAUCCAAUCUCGGCGCCAAACUAGUUGGUCCUCUACUUUUGAAGUCAUUUGAGAAGCUUUUUGACGGCCCAAUCAAAGUCAUUCAAAGCUCCUAUGCUCUUGAACAAACGCCCAUCACCUGGUUAGAGAUUGUCUCUUUCGCCCGGAGUAAUCCAGCAGACUUUAUUCUCACCGAAUCAUUGCAUGGCGUGAAAGUUUGUCGAUUCUGGAUCAAUGGAGGGCAGGUCGAAAUAUCUGAAGACGAUUAUCGUUUGAUCAUGUCAGGUGCUCCGGAGAGGAUGAUUCCAAGUCAACCUAUGCCCGAGGAUGAGACGUCUGAGCUCGGCACCCUACUCAUUCUCGAGAAUCGUCUUACUAUGUUAAUCAAGAAGGCUGAUGCCGUCGCAAGUCGAGCGAGACAACUCAACUACCAUUUGAAAGGAAGAAAGAAUGCUAUCGUGGCGAAAAAGUCUCCUGAGCAACCUUCUGAAUCUCCCCUCCCAUUUGCAUCUCAGCCAUUUUCUGCGAUCAAUAGAAGCCGAUCACCCGCUUCCCUUAAUGGUGAGACUGCCAAGUUACAGCAAGAUCUAUUAGAGCAAUUUCACAGCCCAAAUCGUCGUCAAUCCCUACCAUCUCAGCCAAGAUCGAAACAACCUCGACUUCACACCUCUGAACAUACAAAUUUUCAUUCUUUCAAUGGUGCACCUCAAAGCUCUGAUCACCAACGAGUAUCGCAGCCACCAUCUAAUUCUGAUGACGGCAUCGAAGGGCAAUAUCGGGUUUUGAUGGCUGCCAGGAUCGAGAAACUACACAAAGGGGACCCCAUUAACCCACCAUGCGAUCGAUGCAGACGGUUACGAUUCACGUGCAUCAAGCAUAUGACUGCUUGUGCUGCAUGCACAAAGAAGCAUGCUAAGUGUUCUUGGAAAGAUGUCAAAGAUGGAGAACUUGAAGCCACAGCAUCUGCUCUAACGCAGCGAGAAUCUCCAGCUGCAUCAGAAGAUGGAUUGUUAAUUGUUGAUAAGAAACAUACGCCAGAGCGAUCAAAUUUAGCAAGUACUAGUGGCGGUGUUACUACUAUUGGAGCAAGUGGAUCGAGUAGACAGGUUCCAGUAAGUUUUCCGCACCUAUCGAUGGUCAAUUUGUUUUUAUUAUACGGUUCACUUGACAAUUGCUAAGUCUCUAAUGUUUUAGGUUCAUACACAACACAUGUCGAUGCUUUCUGGUUUGGAAGCUGAGCUACGUCCUCAAAAUACAUUGAACACUAACCAUCGUUCUCCCACUGUCGCCGCCACCUUGCAAGUCAAAUCACCGCAACCGAAACCGGAGCAAGAAAGAAGAGUAUCCGCUGAACAUACCUUGUUGGCCCAGAUGGCUUCAGCAGCAGCCGCGGCUAGCAAUAUGUAAACAUGGGAUGUCAUAGAGAUAGCACCAAGAUAGGAUGACUGGCUGAAGUGUUGUCUCGUCUUUGAAUCCACAUUCAUCAUGAAUCUCGUCUAAUAUGCUGGACGUCGCCAAACCUGAUGGGUUUUGAGUACUUGGAGAUCAUUCACUUGAUAAAAUAAUCAUAAGUUUUUACUGUUGGCUGGUCAUGAGGCGGAUUGGGUCAUGGUAUGAAAUGGAAGGAAUAGCCAUCUUGAAGGUUCAUCAAUGAUGAAAUACUGAAGAUUUGAAGGCUUUGUCUGUCGAUUACUGCGGAGGUUUUGAAAUUUCAUCGAGGUGUUUAGUAUACCAGUUUACUUCUUGGAUCCUUUUAUGAGAUGCUCAAUCCCAUUAGGUAUUUAAUGUUUGUGUUAUGUCUUGUUGGUCUAUUAUUUGAUAACGGUUAUCACGUUCUCGGUCAAAUAAAGC